AUGGCCGCGGUCGUGGCCGAAGGAGCUGCCGCAGGAGUGUGCACUUCUCAAGAUGGACCUGGACUCGGUCGAUCUGGCGCUGCAGUGAGCUUUUGCUCUUGGUGGUUGACCCUGGCGGUAGUGCUAGCCAAACUAGCUUCAGGUCCUUUCGUGUGCAGAGUCGAGGCUGUAGCAGUGACAAUGGUUCUCUCCACAGGUUCCAGAGCCUACGAAUCUUUGCAUCAAUAUUUGGUCGUGUCAAGGUUGUGGAGCUGCUGUUCGAUUAAAUGUCUUACUGAACUACAGAAGGUCUUAGGUAUUGACUUUCUGAUGAGAAAGUAGCGAUUGGAUGGAUGAGCACAUGCUAGCCAGUGUAGCACUUCUCUG